AUGAAACCGGCGAGAAAGCAGUGAGACCUUUAAUUUCAGCAUAGUCCGUCCGGUCGCCUAUCAAUUUGGUAAAAUGAUGAUAUCGCUCGGAAUGACAUAAACAUCACCUGUGAGUUCCUGAGAGUUGAUUAUGGCCCCAAAUUCCAUCCACUGGUUCCGGAAGGGUCUGCGUCUCCAUGACAACCCGGCCCUGCGAGAGGCGGUGCGGGGGGCGGGGACAGUACGGUGCGUCUACUUCUUAGAUCCCUGGUUCGCCGGCUCCUCCAACCUCGGGGUCAACAGAUGGAGGUUCCUGUUACAGUGCCUGGAAGAUCUGGACGCCAGCCUCCGCAAGCUCAACUCUCGCCUCUUCGUCAUCCGUGGCCAGCCUGCCAAUGUCUUUCCACGCCUAUUUAAGGAAUGGAAGAUCUCCCGGCUUACCUUUGAGUACGACUCAGAGCCUUUUGGCAAGGAGCGGGACGCUGCCAUCAAGAAGCUGGCAAUGGAGGCCGGGGUGGAAGUCUGCGUGAAGACUUCACACACCCUCUACGAUCUGGACAGGGUGAUCGAGCUCAACGGCGGGCAGCCCCCCCUCACCUACAAGCGUUUCCAGACCCUGAUCAGCCGCAUGGACCCCCCCGAGCCCCCUGUGGAGCCCCUGUGUGCCACUUUCAUGGGGCGCUGUGUCACGCCCGUCGCCCACGACCAUGGAGACAAGUAUGGCGUGCCCUCACUGGAAGAGCUAGGGUUCGAUACAGAAGGCCUGCCAUCUGCAGUGUGGCCAGGAGGGGAGACUGAGGCCCUGACCAGGAUAGAAAGACACCUUGAGAGGAAGGCUUGGGUGGCCAAUUUCGAGAGACCCAGAAUGAACGCCAACUCGCUGCUGGCCAGCCCCACCGGCCUCAGCCCCUACCUGCGCUUCGGCUGUCUGUCCUGCCGCCUCUUCUACUUCAAACUCACCGACCUCUACCGCAAGGUGAAGAAGAACAGCUCCCCACCCCUCUCCCUUUACGGUCAACUGCUCUGGCGCGAGUUCUUCUACACCGCCGCCACAACCAACCCGCGCUUUGACAAGAUGGAGGGCAACCCAAUCUGCGUGCGCAUCCCCUGGGACCGCAACUCCGAGGCGCUGGCUAAAUGGGCGGAGGCGAAGACCGGCUUCCCCUGGAUAGAUGCCAUCAUGACUCAGCUACGGCAGGAGGGCUGGAUCCACCACCUGGCCCGGCACGCUGUGGCCUGCUUCCUCACCCGGGGGGACCUGUGGAUCAGCUGGGAAGAGGGCAUGAAGGUCUUCGAGGAGCUGCUGCUGGACGCAGACUGGAGUGUGAAUGCGGGCAGCUGGAUGUGGCUCUCCUGCAGCUCCUUCUUCCAGCAGUUCUUCCACUGCUACUGCCCCGUGGGCUUCGGCCGCCGCACCGACCCCAACGGAGACUUCAUCAGACGAUAUUUACCUGUUCUCAGAGGUUUCCCCGCCAAGUACAUCUACGACCCCUGGAACGCCCCCGAUUCGGUGCAGGCGGCCGCCAAGUGCAUCAUCGGGGUCCACUACCCCAAGCCCAUGGUCAACCACGCGGAGGCCAGCCGGCUCAACAUCGAGCGCAUGAAGCAGAUCUACCAGCAGCUGUCCCGCUACAGAGGACUGGGUUUACUGGCCUCAGUGCCAACCAAUCAUAAUGGGAAUGGGAACAGUGGCAUGAUGGCGUACUCUCCAGGGGAGCAGCAGACCGGGACCUCAGCAACAGCCACAACAGGUGUAUCAGGGAAUUCGGUUGCCAGUGGCAAUGGUAGCGGCAGCAUAUUGUUAAACUUUGGUGAGAAUCAGCCGGGACCAAGUAGAGUGCAGCAGCAUGGCUUACCCACUGUGCGGGACCCAAACCAUCGGCUCCACCAGUCCGCCAGUGCGCACGAGUUUGCUGUGCCUCAGCAUCCAGGCCGUCUGAGUCACGCGGGAGGGAAGAGGGAGCUGGAGUCGGAACGCGAUCCCAGAGGUGAAGACGAAUCGCGCAGCUCUUUGCGCAAAAUACAGCGACAAAACACGGAGAGGAGCUAGGACCUGCAGGGGGAUCCACCCGCAUUUCGCCAAGUCCCUGCUCAACACAGACAAGGCACACCAGGAAAACACAGAUCCACUUUUCUACCUUCAUUUUACAGAAAAUAUUUGUAUUUCUUAUUUUGUGCUCAUGGUGUACACAAUUUCUUAUGGUUCAACCUUUUGGCCCACAAUGUGACUCUCCCGAGGAAAAUUGCAAAUGUGAGAAUGGCUAUGCUUUGGGGUGUUGGGUGAGAACAUUUGGGGGUUCAGCUCAUAGAGAAUCAGGUUGGGUGAGAACAUUCGGGGGUUCAGCUAUCAGGGGUGUUGGGUGAAAACAUUUGGGGGUUCAGCACAUAGAGACUCAGGGGUGUUGGCCGGUACUGGGCCUAUGGGAGGGCUGACUGGUUCACUUUAAGAUGAGUGAGGUAAUCAUGGUGAGGAGACCGUCAGUGAACCCCACCGCUCUGUAGCACCAGCCCUCUCCACCCCACCCCCUCCAAUUCCGUUCCUCCCGGUUCAAACCCAGCGCAACUGUAACCUGCAAGCCUCCAGGGGACCCAGCUUGCACAUCCAAGAAAGCAACAUCCUGUUACUCUCUUAUCGGAAACUCAACAAUUUGAUUCGAUUGUUUGAUUUGCUUUCCUGCUGGUACUGGCCGUUAACACAAAGACUACCGAAAGAGUGGCUGCCUCAAAUUCUCUACGCUUGUCCAUACCAAAACCACGGUCCCAGGGAAACUGUGAAAUGUUCUGAUGGGUUGUUUCUCAGAGGGAAUCGGCACACAGUGUUGUCUUUUUCUUUUUUUUUCAUGGUGACAGGAAUGAAAUACCUUAUUAAGUAAUAUUCAGAAUAAACAUCUCAUUCCUGUGUACAUUUUAUGAUCACUGCUUUUGUUAAAGACUGACUGUAAAAUGUACAUAGGAGUAAGGUGCUUCUUAUGAGCUGGAAACUAGUACUUGAAAGUGAGCUGCAUCAGGGCCAGAGACACUUGCACCUCUUCUUAACAGCACCCCCUACUGGUCCAGUAAUACCCUGCAGGGAUACCAGGAGUUCAGUUGUUCUUGAUUUUUCUGUGUCAUAUCUUAUUUGAAUGUACUGGCUACAUGUCUGCUGCUUGUGAGCCCCCUGAUGGCCCACACUCCACAGUGAAUGUGUCCAUUUUCAAUGUGCUAAUUCAAGUUAUUUUGUACAUACAAAUACAGCUUAUAUAUAUAUAUAUAUUUUGAUACUGCAUGUAUGUUUGUCGAUUAGCAUUCAUCAUUGUAGCGGAAACGGAGAAACUACAGCUGCUAACCAAGAACACCUGAACGCUUGGAAGGGUUUCUGUGCACUUUCUCCAGUGGAACUGCCUCUGCAACAUUAGCACUCUGCUGCAGCACAUUUUCAUUCUUCCUGGCUCAAGGAGCUAUGGGGAAAGUGCUUUUACCAUUCCGCCUGCACAGCAGAUUACAAAGGUGCUGAAUGAAUACAAUGCUUUUUUCUCAUAUCCCAGACACAGCAACCAGCCAUUCACAAUGUUCUGACCUGGAUAAAAAUUGUUUUUUUCCCCAGGAAGAAUUUGUGAGAUAACGUUUUGACAUUGUGCAGUGAUUUAGCCAGCAGCUGUGCCACAGCCGGGUGUAAAGACUGCUUUCGUCACUGGCUUUGUAAGGUUUCAUUAUGUUUCCAGGUAAUGUUUUUCCCUUCACGCCCGACCAAAGCUAGCCACACAUUUUCUCCCCCCAAAAGGUUGUCUGUUAUUUGUGAUCAUAUUGAAGGACAAAAAAAUAAAAGCUUUCUGAAAAAGGACAUCAUAUUUAUAUUAGUACUGUGGUCAGUUCACUCUGACUAAAACCAAAUACAUAUGAGUGAAAUACACCAUGUAAUGUUAAAACUAAGUCCUUUCAUUUUUGCAAUUUUUUUAUAAAAACAAAAGAAAAAAAAUUGGAUAAACAAGCUGAGACAACAAAACUCAAUGUAUAUGAGCCUUUUUGCCUCGAGUUCUAUAUCAGAUAUGUGAUUGGACAGGUUCCAUUUUAAAUACAGUACUGUUGAUGCAACAACUGUGUCUCGUUGCCUUAACACCAAACAUUCCUUAUGUUCCAAAUAUAUUUAAAAUGAAGUGGCAUUGAUGCCCUCCCUUUAACAAGCUGUGCAGUUGGUUUUCAGCAUCUAUUUUUUCUGUUCGUGUGCUGUCAAUAAAUAUGUUACAUACACUAAAUGUGGUCAAAAAACAGUUCAUUUUAGUAUUUAGUACUCUAUUUAUUUCCUUACAAUCCCUCAGGAAAGUGCAUGAAUUCUUGUUGGACUGGCAGUUGCACUGCACAGCUAAAGUGCACUGUGUUAAAUCCUUGCCACACAACAGAGUGGCACAGACAUAGAUGGUAAUUAGACGUUAUUUUGUCACAAAGUGCUUCUCCAUUAAAGAUGAAAAAACCUAAAACUAGUAGUACUGCAGUUAUUAUGAAGCCAACAUCCAAGGAACCACUGAGGUUGAAAACAUUACUUGUCUAUACAGCUGUAUGUUCAUUUUCAGAUGAAGAGUUGGAAUUCUUCAACAGUGAAAUUCAAACUCAAACUGUUUUGUGUCCAACACUUUUAGGAAACGUGCCACUUGGAGUGCAUUUCCUGUGAUAUGAGUGUCUGUACAGUUGGGGUAGAGGCUGGGAAGUGAGUUAAACAGUCAAAAUAGGGUGUUCCUGUAUUGUACUUUGUAGACAUGCAUAUGUUGUGUUCUUGAAGCUGUACAUUGUUAUUGUAGUUGUAUUUUAUGACAAGCAAAAGGAACCAAGCUUUCUUCAUCUUUUUACUUUUCUGUUAAAUUCAGUUCAUUUCUAAGAACUUUAAGGCAAAUAUAAUGUGUUAAUAUUGGUAUUAUCUCUCUCUCUCUCUCUCUCUCUCUGCCCUAGUCUGUAAGCUGUCGUGCUAGUGCUUAUUCAGGACAUAAAAAUAAAUUUGUUGCAACAGCGAAUUUAA